UUUCAAACAGGAAGUAGUUCUCACACGCAUGGACAAGAAUGCAACAAAUAGAGAAAUUGCCACAGUCAUUGGCACUGAAAUCGGCCCCGUUGAUCCUAUAGAAGUGUGGCAGAAGCGUAGGCCCUAACUCGUAAUGUUCAACAUCAAAAUUGAGCGUAUGAAAAAGGACAUUGCCAUUUUUUGGGACAAAUGUUUCAAACGUGCUUCACGGAAGUGUCGACGAGAAAUAGUCCCUGCUUUAUAUCGAUACAGAGGGCUUCUGAUUGCUCUCAUCGCCUAUUACUUGUUGCUUUCAGACCGAUUUGACCAAUUUCUGCAAGGGCUCAGCUCACGGCGUGUGUCGCUUCGUCUCCGGCCAAGGAGGACCGUACUCCGGGAGGCGGUGCAGAGCAGGUACCAUGAGGAGUACAUCACGGAUCAGCGCACAGCCUUCUUGAAGAACGCCCCUGGCUGUCACGAGGAUAAGGCAGGGGCCAACAUGUCUCAGAGUACGGUGCACCACGCCCUCUUCUUGGUGUGUACGGCCGUGCCCAAUGUGGAGAACCGGCAACACAUGAGGGAGAUUUAUGGAAACCUGGCCAACACCAGGCCGUAUCGGAUCAGAGUGAGUGGCUGGCAGCUGCUCGGCGUCGUACGUUUGUGUUUCUUUGUGUCUUUGAGUGUGGAGCUGAUUCUCAAGAUUGACGAUGACGUAUUCGUGGAUGUCUUCAAAUUUUUCGAACUCUUCAGACCAAUCGUCUCAAACCGAAAACGGACUCUCCACUGCUAUCUCAACUUUGAGCCUCAAGUCUUCCGCCAGGGGAAGUAUCGAGUGAGCGAAGAGGAAUUCGCGGGUAGCGUUUACCCGAACUUUUGCAGCGGCUUCUUUGUGGUGCCCACUGUGGAUAUCUUGGACGAUCUGUACGAUGUCUCGAAAAUAAUUAGAUUUUUCCGCCUUGAAGAUGUGUUUACGUACGGGGUUGUUCGCCACGCCAUGGUGGAUGUCCAGGCAGUUCACGUGGACGUGGUCACUCACGAGUGGGGAGAAUAUCGCAGAUGUGUCGAGAAGCACAGGUGA